AUGCUCUUAUCAGUUAAUUUGUGCUUAAAGUCGGCGCUUGGGUGGGGAGCUGUAUUUCUCGUAAUAAGUGCCUUUGUGCAGUGCGGGGCGCAAGGCCCUGGGCCUUCGCGCUCAGGCUCCGGCAUUCCUACGGACGGGCCGGGUUUUGUAGACCCCAUAGACAUUCUGUACAACUACAAAGAGCUGGACACCAUGGACAAGACCCAAGCAAUUUUCAAAAUCAUUCGGGCCAUCAACAAAAACAACAUAAUGCAGAUGAAGCGCGGCGUGGCCGUGUCCAGCGGAAACUACAUCUUAAACCCGAGCACAGUGAGCAUGUUUGAACGGCUGAAAAGCCUCAAUCACUUCGGGUUUUUUGUGAUAAACAAUUUCGACACAAACGAGAUGAUUGAAAUUGAGUACAAAAGAGAGGCGUUCCUGAAAAAGCUCAGCGAGAACAACAGGAAAAAAGAAAGCCCACUCCUUUCUCUUCUCACAGGCAUCUACUCGGACGAAGCCGGGCUUUUGAUGCCCUCCUUCAAUGGAGACACCGCAGAGUAUUCCGCAGACUACGCCAUAAACACGUGCUUGAAAAACACAGACGAGACGCUGCACAAAAUUCUCAUGGAAAUCGUAGAAAUACCGAAGUACAACAUUUGGGACAACCUAUGUGUGCUAAGAAACACAAUAGACGACCCAAGCAUGCUGUACUUCGAGUAUAUGAACAAAGCCACGCACAAUGCUGUGCGCUUUGAGCUCUAUGCGCACGACCCGCUUUUGAGCAUGCUCGUAUACGUGCUCUCUGGGUGCCAUCUUCCAGAGGCGCACAUAUACAGCCUAGAAAUGCCCAAAGCCCACUACUGCUCGGCGCUGAAAAGCAAAAACAACACGGCCAUGCACAUUGAAAUAUGCCAAAGCGCGAACAAGAUAUGCAAAAACACAUGCAGCGAUCUUGAUGCAAUGGAAAAGCUAAAAACCAUCCACCAAGCGAAGACCAGCAUGAGCUUAUUCAAAGUUCAGAAAAUAUUCUGCCAAGUAAACAUAGGCGAAGCUCCAGUGAGCCAGGCUGUCCAGACCCUCAAGGACGUAUUAACCCAGCAAAACCAGCUGAUCGUUCUUUCCAUACAGGGGGACUUCAGCCAGGCAUACCUGCUCAAAUACUCGCGGGACGGAAAAGGCAAGGCAAAGUACGACAUAAACGAGGACCUGCGGCCUAGGUGCAUGAGCGAAGACGUUAUGUACGAGGACCCUCCCGGGCCAACCUCCUUCAACAUACCCUACCAGGACCCGGCGACCGGAAAGCAGAGCAUCCUCGUGAUAGCUCCUCCUAGCAAAGAAAUGCUUACCUUGGGCGAGACUUACGAAAUGGGCCUGUUAAUGUGGAGUGACCCGGUGUAUGAAAACAUCAUAUGGGUGCAGCUGGUCAACGAGAACAAGCAGAUUUACAUAAUGCCGUACGGGACCAGCAGCGAAGGGUUUACCACCCUGCUCUCAUGUAUGCUGGGACAGAAGUCGUAUAGCGCAGAUUUGGCGAUGCAGACAAUAUACAUGGGCCUAUGCAGCGUGACUUCGGGAAAGGACAUGAUGGACACGCUUGCGAUAUCCGAGGGCGCGUACUACAGGCAGCUCCUAGGCCUCGCAACCAAAGCGGCAGGCCCCAAAAUAGAUAGAAUGCGCACGCGCAUACAGGAAAAGUACAAAGCCCUGACCAGCGAGUCAAACAAAAUUGUGCAGGACGUUCUUAUGAACAAGCAGAAGAACGAUGCGUGUGCAUGCAUAAGCUUUGAGAAUCGAGACAGAAUUUCAAAAACAAACGGCAAGGAUGCAGACAAUACCACUGUAUCUUUAGACAUAAAAAGAAUACAGGAGAUGCUUAAACAUCAAGACAUGAAAAAGAAGGCUCAGUAG